AUGGACGACGAGAUGAGCGAAUAUCUUAACAAAAUGCAAAUCAAAGAAACAUCUGAAUUGUAUGUUCGAUGCAGUACAAUAUGCUUUGAUCGAUGUGUUAGCAAUUUUACUUCACGUAAAUUAAAUGAUAAGGAGACCGUAUGCGUCGAUAAAUGUACAGAGAAAUUUGCCAAAAUGAACCAACGUUUAACUCUCAGACUAUUUGAGUUGAAUCGUGAAGAAUUAGUUAAACAGUGA